GAUAUUCAAGCUACUACUCUUUGGACUCACAGACUCCAAAUCUAUCUCCGUAUUGCUUAGAAAAAAUAAUUGAAAUGUCCAAAAUGAUUACAAAAAAUUAGGGAUAUAUGACAGUUUUGACAAUUGAAUAUUAAUCUCUUUCUACACAUUGAUUAUAAUAUUUAUAAAUACAGGUAACAUGUUUUCAUGGCUGAUCAAACUCGGUAUUCAAAAAGCGUUACAUAUACACUUAGUCAUGGAGCGGAACAACCUUCGUAUUUUGUUUGGCAAUCGUGUUAAUUCCUAAUUUGAAUAAUAAUAAAAGUUUACAUUCUUGAAUUCCACAAUCUGAUUACAAUCAUCUUUUCAAAAACUCUACACUACAUGGAAGGAAGAUAAGUCUAAAACUAAAACAGGUUAAAAUGGAAUAAUUAAACAUCUAAAUGUACAUUUGCCUUUAUAUUUAUACAUUCGUAUUAGAAAUGAAAACGAAAGUACUGACAUGCCUGGAUAAGGAUUUUAAAAUACGGUUUCCCGUUUGUUGUGUAAUUAACAACUUGCUGUAUAACCGAAACAGCUGACCGGCAAAUAGCUUUAGGAACAGUGUGAAGUAAAGGUGACAAUGUCGCUUUAUAAGAUAAAAAUAGUUAUUGACAACUGGUCUGAAUGUCGAAAGAGAACAGUUACCUCACUGCGACGUUCUGCGAGCAUACUCCGUUCAUCCCAUAAAGCAAAUGCAACGGCUGAGCAUGAAAGUGCUGCAGUUUCUCUGGUUGGAGAUCUAGUUGGCCUUGGAGGUGUUGUGCUUGCACCUUUCUCUGGUGGAUUGUCUCUUGCGCUUUGUGGAGUGUCCGCAACGACAGGAAUUGGAUCCUAUUUAAAUAAACGUCAAGCUAAUAACGAAAAUGAUAGGAUUAAGAGGGAAGUAGAAAACGACGUGGAACGAGCUGUUGAACAAGACAGAAGGGCGACUGUCAACCUUAAUGAACUAUUUGCAAAGUUCACUUAUCUGGAACGACAGCUAGAUAUAAUGAUGGUUGAUGACAUACUAAUAAGUAUCCAAGAAACUUCGAUAACAACCUUGGAUAUCAAUGUCAGGGAAAUUGAAGGUAAUCGUCUAUCAAGUCAGCUACAGCAGAGAAGUGCACCUUUGUCUAUACCGGGUCUAGGUAUAUCAACACAGGUUGCAAAUUUGAACGCUGCUUUGACGAGUGCAGAAGAAGUCGUGAAAAUCACACGGAUCACCAAAGAAGUAUUCCGCGGGACAAAGACCAUCAGGCAAGUCGUUUCAACGGCUAAAUCAGUCAACCAGAUUUCCAAGGCGGCAAAUUCUCUUUCGACUGCCAGGCAGGCAGCAGCUUUGUCGAUUCAGGCAAGCCAGACGAUGGCAAGGUCUACAUCUGCUUUUGCUAGUGUUGCAAAAGGAACUGACGGAGUAGUAAAGACGGUUGGGGCAGUUUCGUCUGCGACCAAGUCUGCAAGAAUUGCUGCAGAAGUUGUAACCGCUUCUGGUCAGGCAGCGUCUGCAGCAAAAACGGUUACAAAAGCUGUUAAAGCUGGAACAGCAAUAUCGACUGCAACUAAAGGGGCAGACACGACUAUUAAGACGGUGAAGAAUAUUAAACAAGCAUCCAAUACAGUGAAAACAGUCACACAAGUUGCAACCGAUACGGAAAAAGCCGUCCGUACAACGCGGGUCACCACCAAUGCAGCACGAGUCACAAGAGUAACGGAAACAGCAACAAAGGCUGCUUCUAUAAGCAAAGUAGGCCUAGCCAUCAAUGCAGUGGUCAUUCCACUUGAUAUUUACAACUUAGUCGUAGCUUCUGACAACCUUAACAAAUCACAUGAAGACGUGCAGCGCAUUGAAGACCAAGCAAAUAUACUAGAGCAAGAGAUGAAAAGUAUACUUGAAGAUGUUAAUGUGCAAAUUGAAUGCUUUUCGGAACUUCAUCUUCAACUUUGCAAAGUGUAUAAAAAUCACCGCAUUGCAGUCAUUUACGAUUAUCUUGAAAUGAUGCAUGAAAAGCUUAGCUUUACCAUUCCUGUACGCUAUUGAAAACAAUUCAGAUAAAUGAAAAAUCUAUCUACACAUGACAAUGGCGCGAAUAUGAAUACUGAAAGAAUACAGUAAAAGUACACCAGUGCCUCACUGGGAACACUGAUACAUUCCAAAUUCAUUUUCAUUUCAAAACUAUCAUAAAACAUGUAAUCGCAAUGACUGGAUCCUAAACUCUAAUGGAAACGAAAUCACUUAAAGGUUGAAAUUGACAUGGGAAUCAUAUAAGAAAUGUCAAGCUAUAAAAUUAAGACUGUCUUUAUUUCCAGCUGUAUUAGCUAUGGUAAAGCAACAUAAUAACAUAUUGUAGAAUAGAGAAAAAAUUCAAUUAUAGGACUGGCACGUACCGUGGACUGAGCAGAACUCAACAUUUACACAUGUAACAAGUACUAGAAUACAACUGUGACAGACAGUUGUUUUAUGUUAAAGAAAAGAAUUUAUAGAAAUGAGCAAAGAAGCGCAGUGGUGUAAAUUUUAGUUUUAAGGAUAAAGCAACCAAGUCAGAGAAUACUGACCUGAUCAGCAUCUUCCCUUUUAUGAAAAAUGAAAGCAAAAGCAUGUAAUAGUUUUAAAGCACAAGCAAAGCAACAUAGCGAAAGCUAAAUACUAAAACUAAAGCUUCGCUUUAAAAGUAGCCAGAACAAUGGGCUCUUACUGACGUUUUCAUGUCUGACUCUCAUUUCCUCAUUGAAUUGGUAGAUUAACAUGAAUAGGUGGUAUGAUUAUACAUAACAGUAUGAUUUACCACAUAGUAUAAAGCAUGUCUUGCUUUUGUAAUAUAAUUCAUGCUUAAAAUAUUUUUGUUACUGCUAAUAUUGUACUAUUUUAUAUCUGUACAUUAUAUUGUACAGUCAAAAGCUUCAAAAAUGCCUCAUAUGUGAAUACAUGGAAAAUUUGAUUCAAGAAAAUCUUAAGAUUUUUAUAAUGCAUAUUUGCAUUUUAUAUCUAUGAUAAUUUCUGCAACUGAUAAGAUGCUACAUGUUUGGUAAUUUGGUACCCGUUCAAAAUGACGGCCUCUAGUCAAGCAUCUUCCGUGCAAAUCGCCGGAUAUUCCUUUGUUUAUUAGUUAGGAUUUCAAUUCAUAUCCAAUGACCUUAGUACAACAUAAAAGAUAUUCUUUGGGUAAAGUGGAAGCAUUGAAAACAACAUUCAGGACAUUUUGAUCCGGAAAGUCAGAUUUUAUAUUGAUAGGAACUAAUGUGUUGUAUUAAAACAACAUCAACAACAGGAUUACAGUCGGUGUAGCAGCAGCUCUGGGCUAAUUUAUAAAUUCAUUAUCAUUUUUAAUUUAAGUUAAAAAUGUUGUAAUGAUUCAAAUUCUACACAGGCAACCUUUCGUCACGAGUUGAUACAGACUCUUUCAGUGCAAAAGCCGAUGAGAGUAAUUAACAACUGACAACAAAUUUAGAAAAACGCAUCUAUAGAAGGAUUUUUUUUCAGUAUCUGCGGUUCCAGCUUUAAACUAUCUUAGAAUACAGGAUUCACAUUCGUUCAUGUGAUGGUGUCAUACGUGGGACCCUAGAGGUUAAAAUGGCUUUGAGAAUCGAAUACCUUUUUGAAGAAAGAAAUUCAAUACUGAGUUUAAUAAAUUCACCUUUGAUAAAUUAUUGCCAUAAAUUGGCGAGGUUCAUUUAAAGUCCCUGCAUGGGGGUAUUCAAUCUUUCAACACACGUUUGUACUUUAAAUGUUGCGUUUAUUUUGUACAUAUUUUGUUUGCACCAUCUAUGUAUAUUUUUCAUUUGUAUUUGAUAAGUAUUGAUUUGUAUAAUACAUUUUAGAAAUAUU